ACGUCGCCCUCGCAGAAUUCCAUCGAGAACAUGGGCUUCGAUGGCGUCGUGGCGGCGUUGACCCCAUUCAUUCCACCCUUUAUGCGCGUGAAUGCUCAAACUGUGGAGGAGAUCAAAGCAAUGUGCCCGUCACUUGCGCAGCUGAAGAGCGUCAUGACGUGGCAGACCCUCAAGUACACGUUGAUCGUCGCCGUGUGGACGGCGGGACUGGUGUACUCCGGAAAACACGACAUGGUGACGCUGUACAUCAUCGCUUCACUGUUCUACCUAAUCAUGGCGAACCUUGGCGACAAAGAGAAAGACUCGGUGACAGUCGAUGAGAACGGUCAUGCAGUUCGGAUCCCCAGUGCGUACUCUGUGUUCAACAAUCGAGCGCAGCGGCUGGCAGGGCAACUCACGACCGAGCACUUUGAACAGCAAAUCCGUAACCGCGGCCCCAUGCACGACGAGGACGACGAAGGUAGUGGCGACGAGGACGACCCCGACCUUCGCGAAGCGCUGCGACAGUCGCUGGCGUUCGCCAACGCUGGACCAGGCCACAGGCUAGGUGGCGGCGUUCAUCGUCGAUAAGUUAGGCCAAUCCACGAUAGCUCUUUAACUACAUGGCACGUGCAGCGACUGGUUCACGUUAACACGCUCCUGCUACUUGAGCGCCUUGCCAAGGACGUCAAUUUGACCUUGCACUUCUC